GGAAUCAUGAAUAAGUCAGAGAGAGCUACAGUGGCACAUUUUAUCCUAUUGGGCUUUCCUGGUCCCUGGAAAAUGCAGAUCACCCUUUUCUCAGUGAUUUUCUUGGUCUACAUGUUGACUCUGAGUGGGAACCUGGCCAUCAUUUGUGCGGUGUGGUGGGACCACCGACUCCAUACUCCUAUGUACAUACUCCUAGCCAACUUCUCCUUCCUGGAAAUCUGGUAUGUGACUUGUACAGUACCCAACAUGCUGGCCAACUUUCUUUGGGAAACUAAGACCAUAUCCUUCUCUGGCUGCUUCACUCAGUUCUACUUCUUCUUUUCCCUGGGCACAACUGAAUGCUUCUUCCUCUGCAUCAUGGCUUAUGAUCGGUAUCUGGCCAUCUGCCGCCCACUGCACUAUCCCUCCAUCAUGACUGGCCAGCUCUGUGGUAUUUUGGUGUCACUUUGUUGGUUCAUUGGUUUCCUUGCAUAUUCUAUUCCCAUUUUCUUCAUUUCUCAACUUCCUUUCUGUGGUGCCAACAUCAUUGAUCACUUUCUGUGUGAUGUGGAACCGCUGAUGGCAUUGUCCUGUGAUCCAACACCCAUUGUAGGCCAUGUAUUUCAUUCUAUGAGUUGUUUCAUCAUCAUUCUCACCAUUUUAUAUAUCCUUGGAUCCUACACCCUGGUGCUCAGAGCUGUGCUGCAGGUUCCCUCUUCAGCUGGACGACAAAAGGCCUUCUCUACCUGUGGAUCUCACUUGGUCGUGGUGUCUCUGUUCUAUGGAACUAUAAUGGUGAUGUAUGUGAGUCCCACAUCUGACAACUCAUUUGCCAUUCAUAAGAUCAUCACACUGAUAUACUCUGUGGGGACACCAGUCUUAAACCCUUUCAUCUACAGCCUACGGAACAAGGACAUGAAAUGUGCCCUCCAUCAUGUCAUCUGUGGUAUGAGAAUUAUCCACAGCUCAUGA